AUGGACAUCAUCAGCACAGGAAUAGCCUCUAAAAAGAGGGUCCUCCUAUCCAGACAACACUGCGAUGUGAAGAAAGGCGACCUAGAGACGGGACUCUCCAAUUUUAGCCGGCUCUUGGAGAAGCAGAAGGGAGAUCACACCUUUGUUGAAACGGAGAAGUGCCGUUUCGUGUACCAGCCGGUGGACGAGUAUUACGUCUUCGUCAUGACAUCUCUCGACUCCAACAUAGUGAGAGACAUCGGAGUCGUAAAGACGCUCGCUGAGAUCCUACAGGUUAUCGUGCAGCCUAAGAUUAAUGAGGCGGCCAUACAAGAGAACUUGUUCGAGCUCAUCUUCUACAUGGAUGAACUUAUCUCGAACAACAAGCCGGAGGAUUUGACCUUGGACCAAAUCAAGGACUACAUUCUCAUGGACUCACAGGAGGAAAAGAAGCACAACAUGAUACAAACUACAAAGGAAAAGGAAGAAAAGGAACGCCGCAAGCAAAUCGCCGCCAAGUUGGAGAAACGCAAACAGCUUGAUCACAACUUCAUGGACACGAUCACGGAAAUGCCUCCAUUCACAGCUCAACCAAUGGACGAAUACAAAUCAGCAACGCCGAUGGCCGAAACGGUGAUGACCCCUUCAGGGAUGAAGCUUUCGAUACAGAGACCAACGACUGGAAUGUCCUCUCUGGGACUGAAUGCCAUGCGCCAUUCUCCACCGCCAAAAUCUGCGCGAGAUGAGGAAAGCAUUAACAUCCUGGACGCGGAAGCACCCGCCGUUAUCCAGAUCAUAGAGUCGUGCAGUGGGAACAUCCACUUGGAAGGAGAUAUUGAUGUGCUAAACAUCCAGGGUGAACUGGUGAUGACCGCUUUCGAGGAUAGCGCACGCUCGGCUGCACUCGAAGUCUCGGGAAAUCCAGAGAUUAAAAUGCGCUACCACCCAAGCCUGGACAAACAGAUGGCGUCAAAGAACAUCAUCGAGCAGCAGACUGCGCAACAAACGUACAACAUUGGUCAUUCUACUGCCCUUGUUAAGUGGCGCCACAAGACGUCUGAGGAGCAAUACUUCCCGAUAUCGUUGAGCUGCUGGCCGAACACCAAUGCGGGAGAGACCACUGUCACUGUGGAAAUUCAAAACAGCUCGGACUCUGUGUUGGAAGCGCUGAACUUCGAGGUAAUGGAUUCCAGGUACAAUCAAAUCGUAGUGCACACGAAUGAACUCGGCGGUGUGGAACGCAAGCCUGAUGCUGUUAACUGGGUAAUCGACCGUUUCGAGCCGCAACAGGUAGGGAAGCUCGAGUUCACCACCAAAGGCGAUCUGAACUCAAUCCUUCCUUUCACGCUCGUCGCCAAGUCAUCUACCUCUAUUACUCAUUUCAAGGAUGGUGAGGUCAGGAUUCCACAAGUUGCGCGGAGGAGGGCGUUUACCUGCAACAUCCUCAAAGCGGCGACAGCGAAGCCUGCCUACGCGGACCCAGCAGACAUUCUACAUCGCUUAGAAGUAAUUGCUGCAAAUCAAGAUUUUGGAGAAGUAAAAUCGCUAUUUUUGGAUAUAUUUAGGUGGUUUGCCUUUAAGAAAAAUGACUUCAUUAAGCACGAACUCUUUCAACAUAUUCGAAGGCGGUUCAUGGAAAGCCAUUUCUUUUUUGGAAGAGUCUAUUCAAGGGUUCUUAGGCGUCAUUUUAAGUUUUCCAGGUGCUACCCGGAUCAGAAGCAUCUGUCCCUUGCGAACCACUACGUAAGGUGGAUCAAUGGGGGUAUACCUUUGGAGGAGCAGUGCAUGACGUUUUUAAUAUCUCGAAGUGGCUUAAGGGUGCACCCUCUACUGAUAGACAGGAUAGCGGCCAUAGUGAAUACGCAUGAUAACGUGGAUGUACUGAAUGCCAUAUUCAAAGAUUUUGAAGGUGGAAGCAAUGAUCUCAUGUUGGAUACUAGAAUUGCUGAUCGCCAUCCCAUAAAUUCGGAGGCUGCAUUGUGGCUCUACCGGUGGUUGGACACCACCGAUGAUGCGCGCACAACGGCGUUACUUGAAAGGAUCACCAGAUCACAACUGUACGAUGCCAAUGAUUCGGAAUGUGAGGAUCUGAAGUUAGUUGAACGAAUGAGAUAUUGUUCCGAGAAAGUUGUCAGUUGCGUACCCGGUGUCUUCGAGCAAAUUUAUAAACUAUUCCAGCGAUUACGCUGCCUACAAGAGCACGAAAAGGAUGUAGGCGAGAGAAGAGCACUCACUGGGAAUUUAACGCUUUCACGUGACGAAUUAUUCUCGAUAAAUAUGCUCUACAAGCUCAAGCAAUUCGAAUCGCAUCGGGACGUUGGGCAGCUGCUACGUGGACUUUUCUCUAUGAUCAAAUAUCUCAAUUCGAAGGUAGCUGAACAGUCCUCUACAUCUGAAAGCUCGGAAUUCAUUUCUUAUUUCAAGCAACACGUAUGCGUCCCCUACCUUCGCUCAGUAAUGAGGGCUGCAGCAUAUGACCGAUCCUCGCUGCUGCGCAUGAAAGGCGUCGUCGACCUACUGGAAACAGGCGCAAAGUGGCGCAAAUAUACUCCAUAUUGUUCGGGAUCCAUGUUGAGGAGUUUGAUGUAUUAUGGCAUGAACAAUUUCUGCUCGAUGUUCAACUACAACAAAUCUCCCCCAAACAAGGCAAAUGAUACGUUUGCAAUCCUCUCAAGUGGCGACCAUUACUACCUAUAUAGAAAUAGCGAUGAUAGAAUUGUGGCGUCCAACGAUAACCUUACAAUGGAUUUGUGGAACGUCGGCAAGCGCUCACAUUUUAAUGGUCCCGUGCAAUGUCAUCUGGUGAUACGAUCAUACAAUGUCAGCUUUGAGGACGAUAUACAGAGAAUUGUAGAGCAGGCAAAGAAUAAUGUAUCGGCGAAAAUCGGUGUAAACUUGGAAUUCGAUCAUAUCGUAAAUCUUCAUUUACCGAGAUACGUGGACGUUACGCCAAUUCGCGCCUUCGACCCAAACCUUUUGCAGGAAAGCAAUUCAGGACUCAUUGAACACCCGAUUCAUAAGUUCAUCUCCAUAGUUGUGGACCCUCAAGUGGCUACGAAAUAG